GGGGCCUCGCGGCCGGCUGGCGGGGCUCGCCAUUGGGGGAACGGGAUGCGAGCAAGCGGAGCCCUGGGGGAGGAAGCAGAGGUGCGGGUCCGGGAGGCCGGGCUAGCCCAGCCCAUCGCGUGAGCAGCUGCAGCGGCCAGGCAGCAUCCAGCGGCGCGCCAGCCGGCCCAGCCCGUCGCUUUACUUUCUGCUGCACUAACCCGUCUUCAUUAUGCCGAAGAGAAAGUCUCCAGAGAAUACAGAAGGCAAAGAUGGAACCAAGCUAACAAAACAGGAGCCCACAAGACGGUCUGCCAGAUUGUCAGCGAAACCCGCUCCACCAAAACCUGAGCCUAAACCAAGAAAAACAUCUGUGAAGAAAGAACCUGGAGCAAAGAUUAGCAGAGGUGCUAAAGGGAAGAAGGAGGAAAAGCAGGAAGCUGGAAAGGAAGGUACUGCACCAUCUGAAAACGGUGACACUAGAGCUGAAGAGGCACAGAAAACUGAAUCUAUGGGUAACGAGGGAAAAUGAAUUGUCAUGGAAAAUUGGGGUUGCUUUUACGUACCUCUUGGGACAACUUUUAAAGGCUAUUUUUACCAAGUAUUUUGUAAAUGCUAAUUUUUUAGGACUCUAUUAGUUGGCACAAAAUAUAUAUAAAAAUGGACAUUUGCCCUCUUAUAGUGAUGCUUUUUGGAAGUUUCCACCAUCCUCAAGUAAAAUAAAUAUCAAUUUAAUAUUGGCAGCUGUGUGUAAAACGGAUUCGGCAUUCAACACCCAUGCUUUAAAAAUGUAGUCCUGUGCAUACUGUGGUGUUUUUACUGUGCGUAUUUGAAUUUUUCAUGCUGUUUUUCUAGAGCAAUAAUCAGUGGUGCUUUUGUACCUAGGUUUUAUGUGAUUUUAAUGAAACAUGGAUAGUUGUGGCCACCUGCUGACUAUUUGUGGUUUAAAAUAAAAGGUUUUCUUGUCUGCAAAAUA